AUAAUCUCCCUCCUUUCGGAAGGCGCCAGAUGCACUUGGGGCCCCCGAGACGGAGUUUAUAAUGCUCCAGUUCCACGUACUCGCGGAAGCAGCUGUGGCUGCAGCUCGCAGCUCGACGUUCGCAGCUCAGUGAUUGGAAGAAUAUCUCGAGCUGCGCUCUCUGUAGCCAUCCAGUGUUGUACGCGUCGGUUGCAGACCUUCAACACGGCUUGUCCACACGAACAUCAACCGCCGGGUCUCAGACUCUCACUGGUGGGUGCUCGACAUCUUCUCGCAGUUUUGUUCAUCCGCUCGAGGUUUCCUUUCGUGGAGCCGCAGGCUUCGACCCUCGUCCUGCUGCAGGUCCAUUGUUCUCAGCGCAAUUGCUCGCUUGGAUCCACAUUGCUGAGCUCACGUUCACGUCGAAAAGGGUGUCGACUGCAGCUCUAGAGUGAUCAGACUCUUAAAAUUAAGAGCUCGGGUAGAAGAGCAACGCAAACGGUGAAAUUGCAGCAGUUUCGCUUUCAUCGGUGGGAGGUUCAGUAGCCAACUACAGAGAAUGCCGCAGAGGAUAUUGGGGGCUGGAAACAAGUCAGGAAUCGUUGGGUUGCUGAAUCUAGUGAUCAAGUAAUUCGACCCGGCCACAAUAUUGACCCAGCCGCCUGCAAACGAAGAUUCCACGGGUUUCAAGUUUUGUCCGACUUUACAGUCAGACGAUCAGUCACUCCAGUAUCGCAGCCCGGACGAAGCUGUGAGUGAGUUGCCGAGAUGGUUAAGUUUGCGAGGCAGCUGGAAGCGCAGCUGGUGCCCGAAUGGGGGGCAGCUUAUGUGAACUACAAAUUGCUGAAGAAGGAAGUGAAGCGAGCGAAGGAGCAACCGAGAGGCUACUGCUACGUGGACGUGAAGCCCGAAAUAUACUUCUCGGGUCCGGUCGAUGAUCCCGUCCUAGCAGCAGAUGCCUUGCCCAUGUCAUCAGCAGCAGAUCCACCACACCCAGCCGUCCCUUCUCUGGUUCGCAGCAUGUCUCGUGUUCAUGAAUCUUUCAGAACUUUGGUGCACACCACUGGAACCGCAGCAGCACAUGCCUUGAGGAGCAAGUCCGCCAAACGGAAAUGUCCCAGGGAUCCCAUCCAGGUACGUCGAUUGGAUGGGGAGCACUACGAGACCGUGCUGCAGGAGACUUUCGGCAACAUGGAAUCUGCGAAAAUAUUUUUUGCGAGACUGGACUCCGAGUUGAACAAGGUCAACCACUUCUACAUGGAAAAGGAACGAGAGUUCGUGGAGCACGCCCAGACUCUCGAGAAGCAAAUGCAGGGGCUCCUGGACACACGUCGAGUUCUCGAAGACAACAUUUCCUCCUCAUCCUCGAACAAUCCGUCUCUCCCACGUCAGGACUCGUCGAGUCGGUCUGUGGACGAGAAAGACGCUUCUUCGAACCCAUUGUUCCGGCUCCUUUCUCUUCCAGCCCCAAUAGUGCUGGAUGAAGAUUUGGAGGCUGGCGAUACGACACAGGCUGCAUGUCCGGAGAAGGAGCCGCAUAAUCAGGACAGCAAUGUGAGGUCCAAGAAGUCGGCAAUCGCUCCGGUUCCUUCAGCUGAGGCAGAGUCUCUCGAUGACGCUGCUGCGAUCGGUUCCAGAACGCCGGAUCGCCAGAUGAUGAUGAAGAUAAAAAUUCCUCUGACCACUCCGAGCGAUGCCCUCUCGGCCUUGACGCAGACUUUGAGAGAAAAGCAACAGGCCGGCAAAGACAGCCCGGACAAGGAUCUCGUCGAGUCCCAGAAUUUGCUGGAUAAGAAAAAAAUCAAUGCUGCCGAGAAAAUGCUCCGCAACGCUUUCGUCGAGUACUAUCGUGGUCUGAACAUGCUCAAAAACUACAGCUCCUUGAACUUGACAGCCUUCGCCAAAAUCCUCAAAAAAUACGACAAGGUCACGGGACAACGUACCUUGCCCAUCUACAUAAAGGCCGUCGAGACGUCCUACUUCAAUACUUCUGAUAAGAUUCUCAAAUUAAUAGAGAAGGUGGAGACAUUAUUCGCCAACUUUUUCACGGGCCACAAUCGAAGAAAGGCGAUGAUGAGUCUCAGGCCUCGGCGCAGAAAGUCUUCUCACGCAGUGACCUUCUUUUUGGGUCUAUUCAGUGGAGGCUCGCUCGCUUUACUAGCCGUGUUUGCAAUCCUACUGGACCUCAUGCUCCCUGACUACAACACGCCCAGCGAUGAGGAACGAGAUCCAGAGGAGAGUGUCCCUCACGGCAUAUACCUCAAGACUAUAUUCCCAGUUUUCAGCGUGGCGGCGCUCAUACUCAUACACAUGUACAUGUAUGGAGCGAACCUAUACUUCUGGAGUCGAAUGCGGAUCAAUUAUGCCUUCGUCUUCGAGUUCAAGCAAUUGACGGAGCUCCACCAUCGGGAAGUUCUCAUGACUGCGUCGAUUCUCACGACCGUGCUUCUCUCAGCUAUGGUGGGCCAUCUGGCGCUUCACUCCAUGUCCGACUCUCCAUCUGUCGACCUCAUUCCCCUCGGGGUGAUCGCGCUCUUAGUGGCGUUGCUCUUUUUCCCUUUAAACAUAUUUUACCGAAGCAGCAGAGUCUUCCUACUCACAUGCUUGCUCCACUGCCUCUGGGCCCCGUUGUACAAGGUGGUGUUGGCAGACUUCUUCCUGGCCGACCAGAUGACUAGCCAGGUACCGAUGCUGAGAAAUCUGCAGUACGUGACUUGCUACUACUUCGGGAGCUUCUUCACAGAGGGAGAUGCUGAUUCCUGCUUGGACAACGAUCAGUACAAAGGAUUGACUUAUCUCAUGUCACUGCUACCUUACUGGUGGCGAUUCAUGCAGUGCGUCAGACGAUUUGUGGACGAGGCUGAUCAAAAUCACCUCAAAAACGCAGCCAAGUAUUUCUCGGCGAUGUUGGCGGUGGCUCUGAGAAUCCAGCACGGGAGAGAUGGAUCUGCAGUAUGGUCCGUGCUGUUCAUCUCCGUGUCCACUGCUGCGACGGCUUAUCAAAUCUACUGGGAUCUUGUCAUCGACUGGGGUCUGCUCCGGCGAGACUCCUCCAACAAAUGGCUUCGAGAUAAUCUCAUCAUGCCCAAGAAAAAAUACAUUUACUUCAUUUCCAUGAUUUUGAACGUGAUAUUGAGACUGGCCUGGUUACAAUCGAUCGUACGCUUCCGAUUCGGUCAAAUGGACUUCCAAGUAGCUGACUUCACGUUUGCUGCGCUGGAAGUGAUCCGAAGAGGAAUGUGGAAUUUCUUCCGGAUCGAGAACGAGCAUCUGAACAACGUCGGCAAGUACAGAGCGACGAAAACGGUGCCCCUGCCCUUCGAGGACCCUGCACGUGACGACUGACGGAGUUGAACGUCUCGUCGCACCGGUCUCCACCGUCGGACCGACGCCCGUCCGAAGCAGCCCACGCUCCAAGUUCCACGUCACUCCCCGCGCGCGAGAGGAAUGCGCUGCACGGAGAGAGCGCGUUCCCGCUGUAAAAUAUUGCGCCAGUUCAAAGUGACCGAUGGGACUUGGCUUGAGUGCCCGGAGGACAACCGAUGAUUGUUCUGGAUCUGGUCCGCGGAUUAUUGGUUAUUGCUCUAUGGGACACGUACCUGUGACCUCAGAUAGUAGACGUACAUUACGAUGAGCAAAGUACCGUAUAUGUACACUCUCUACCUCAUGAUUUUUAUUGGCGGACGAUCGGUGAUAGUUCUGGAUCUGGUCCGCCAGUUAUAGCUCUGCGGGACACGUACCCGUGACGUUAUAUAGGAGAAGUACAUUACGAAGAGCAAAGUUCCGUACAUGUACGCUCACUAUCUGAUGUCAUGGCGACAAUCAUUGUGCGUGUACCGUAAUACAGAGUCUAGCUGCUACUUCUCUUACACGCGGCUAGGAAUUGGCUGUCAAUGCGUAGGGUGCCUUGUAGAACAUUUAUUUAAUAAGUUUUGGAAGCUUGGUGCCGAAGGAGCAAUAUGAUUUGUCACAAACAACUUCAUAAUGAGAUGUUACAUUACCA